CUGGCAGAUCACCAGUGUAGUUCUGCAGGGCAUCUUGACCUGCUGCCUGUCAAAUAAGUCUUGGGAAAAUACUUCAUUUGCCAGAAGAUCAGAAGUAGAACUCAAUGACAGUUCUGAUGUUGCUGAACGUCGCGGCCAUGGCCGUGGUCGUGGCCCCGGUGGAGCCAGCCAGCAUUCCCGCCCCUGCUGCAGAGGGGGACACGAGCAAUGUGAUUAUUGGUAAGUCCCUAGUGUCCAGUCUCCUCGUCGCCACGGGCUUCAGCGAGACGUGUGUGGCCGAAGCCCUGGACACCUGUGCACCCACCUCCGUGCAGCGCCCAACGCCGCCGAACCCGCUGGUGCAGGAGGCGAGAGAGCUGCUGCAGGAGGUGCGUCAAUUCGUGAGUCACUACGACAACCGACCACGUCACUGCAAGGACCUGCUGGACGGCGGGGACAGCGGCAAGGGCCUUCGCCACGUGUACCCCUUCCUUGGGCAGCCCCAGCGCCGCGUGGCAGUGUACUGCGACCAAACGACUGACGGAGGGGGCUGGACGGUAUUCCAGAGACGCACCAACCUCACCGUCCGGGAAGACUUUAACCGGACGUGGCUAGAGUACCAGUUGGGUUUCGGCCAUCUCGAGGGGGAGUUCUGGCUGGGCCUGGACCUGCUGCACGGACUGACAUCGGCGGCCCUUCAGGAACUGCGCAUCGACAUGGCUGAUUGGGACGACUUAAAACGGUAUGCAAAGUACGGCUUCUUCUACAUCGGCACUCCAAGCACCAAGUACCGCCUCACUGUUGAAAGGUACAGCGGUGACGCAGGGGACUCUUUAGCCUAUAGUUCUGGCAGCAGCUUUACCACUCAUGAUGCUGAUAACGAUGGAAGGGGGCAGAAGGGAGAGCCAGAGGAGGGGGAGGGCCAACAAUUGCUGCCGGAGGAAGAGGGCCAACAAUUGUUGCCAGAGGAGGAGGAGAGCCAACAGUUGCUGCCGGAGGAUGACAACAGCGACCAGGUCGUGGACAUUACUCGCACCUGGAAACCUGCCAUCCACCCUCAUGACUCCGAAGAUUUAUUUGCAACCCAACAUAAUGAGUAUUUGACGAUUGAGGUGUUGCAUCCAGAGGCCUGUUCCGAUACGGACAUCACAACAGACGACGAGCCAGAAGGCUGCCACGAGAACUCGGAGGAGGUGAAGGAUCCGACGUCCGUGGAGGAGGUGGUUGAGGUGGGGCACUGA